CCUCCCCAUGGGGGUAGCACCUCUGGCCCACACGUUAACAGGUGCAUGCUGGGGAGCUGGACGGUUCCGCAACAGCGUUCGAAUUUGAAGUUUUGAACCCAUUUGCCGCCUUCUCCACAUUUGUACAGCCGCUACGGCUCGUCUCUGUCUAGUUUGGAGUCGAUCCCCCCAAGUCCAUCGUCCCAAAUUAAAAUGACCCCAGAGAAUCUCCUGCUCCGUCCUCUCAUCACCCAGAAAUGUACCCUCGGCUGUCCCGUCCUCGACCGGUGUCUCGGUGGCGGCAUUCCUUGCAAUUCAAUAACCGAGCUCGUCGCCGAGAGCGGUUGCGGCAAGACUCAGAUAUGCCUCCAGUUGGCUCUCACCGCCCAGCUCCCGAUCCCCCUUGGCGGUCUCUCUGCCUCCUCUAUCUUCAUCCACACCGAAUUCCCUUUCCCCUCUCGCCGUCUGCACCAACUCUCUCUCGCCUUCCGCUCUUCCCACCCUCCGAUUUUCGGCGGUGAUCCCUGUGAUUAUAUAUUUGUUCAAGGCGUGCAUUCUGUGGACCAACUGCUCGGUAUAUUGACAAAGAUGGAACAGUUUGUUGAGAACUCGAGAGCCCAGUUGCCGGUUAGGCUUAUUGUGAUCGACUCCAUAGCUGCGCUCUUUCGUUCCGAGUUUGAUAACACCCCGGUUGAGCUUAAGCGGAGAUCGUCGCUUUUUUUCAAGAUUUCCGGGAAAUUGAAGUCAUUGGCUAAGAGGUUUGGCUUGGCGGUUGUGGUGACGAACCAAGUGGUGGAUCUGGUUGGGCCGGAGGGGAUUAAUGGGUUGAGGAUUGGGAAUCUGGCAUCUUUGUGCUCGUCGGGAAGACGGGUAUGUCCCGCUUUGGGACUAGCGUGGGCGAACUGUGUGAAUUCAAGGUUGUUCUUGGCGAGACAUGAGGAGGUCGAUAAAGAAGAGAAUGAGUUGGUGGAUGUGAAUCUGCAGAGCACACGAUCAAGAAGGCGACUUCACGUUGUUUUCGCUCCUCAUUUACCCGAGUCUUGUUGUGAGUUUGUGAUAACAAGGAAAGGGAUUUUUGGAGUUGAGAGGGAGCAAAAUGCUGCAAAGAGGAACGAGGCUUAGGUCUAGUUCUUAGUUUUUGGGUCCUCUCAUUUUUUGGUGCAGCAGUAGCAGAAAUUCGAGCGGCCGGGAAUUAGAGCGACUUUUCAUCAUCUCAUUUCCUUCAGAAUAUCCCAGACCCAGUAUCCCAACCGCAGACGCAACAUAUCUCAUAUCCGCAUGAACAGGACAAUCGGAAUCGCUUUGGGUCCUUCUUCACAAUAUUCUGAUCAGCCCUCUCCCUCCAACCUACCAACGGAUUCAACAUUUUGCUCCAGACCCGUGAGUGGUUCCCACCAGCUCGUGCCCUCAUUGCUUUCGCCGCCUCCCAACACAACAGCCAUCCCUCCGCUGCUUCAUCCUUCAAUGCAUAUGCCAACUCAUAACACAAAGUGCUUAAAACUAAAUAUAUCGCUCCUUUCACAUGUUCUGAGAAAGCAGUUUUAGAACAAUUUUAUUUGAUUGUGAGCAUCUGAAGGCGCGAGACUUUGGUUUGACAUGCAAGGUUCUGCAUUAUUGCAAUUCACUUAUGUGCAGGUCUAGAAAUUGUCUGCAUAAUUCUACUAAUGUUUUCUUUUCUAUUUAUGGGAUUGAAGAAUUGGAUAAGCAACGCCAUAUUCAAUUUGGGGUUGGUGCAAAAUUGCAAAUUGCAAAUGGAGAUGGUUGGAUUUCA